AUCGAUCUAGAGUAUCCAGUCGGCAGUGGAUAGGUAGAUGUGUCGAUGGAGGAGCAAAGGAAGGUAGAGGAUUGGCGGAGAUGCAGCAUAGGAUUCCACGCAUAGUCAAGGAGUCUCUGGUUGGUUGGUAAGUGGGACUAGUCGGGACUCAUAGGCAGCAUGUCUCUUCUACGAGGCUCACAGUCCCAUUCGAAACUCUGAAACGCGUCUAAGCGUGGCGUUCGCUUCCUCGGCGUUCAGUUCCGUCGCUCGUAUAUAAUACAAUACACCUAUUUUUUUUAACACUCUCGAUGGAACCAAACUCUCUGGAUGAAAUGCGGAAAUAUUUGAACGAUAACCAAUAACGCAGUUUGAAUCGCUCGAAACUCGAAACGAGUGUCGAGCGUUCGAUAUAUACACACAUAUAUAUAUAUAUAUAUACAUUAUCGUGAAAUUUUCUAACCUUCGAAAUAUCACCGCGACGAAUAGUUUCGAUCGAAGGAGAUCCAUUUCUCGCUCGGUUAUCGAUUUUUUUCUCUCGCUCGUAAGAAAGGUGGUCCAACUUUACAGUACGACAACCGCAGCCCGGGAAAACUGCUAUUAUAACAGGCAACACCGCGAAGAAUCGAAACUAGCCAGAGGAAGAGGACUAGAUCGUGGUUGUGCCCGGGGGUCGGGGUCGAGGUCCAGAUCGAGAUCAAGAUCAAGAUCGAAAUCGAGGUCGCGGUUUGGAUGGUCGAGGAUACGGGAGAAAAGUUGAAGAAAGAAAAUCUCGAAUCUUCGCAACGACAUGAAUUCCACUAUUCGAGCGGCCAUAUGGUUAGUUCCGUUGGCGGUUGGAUGCAUGGCUCUGCCGCCGCAAUUACAGGCCGAUCUGAUGAGUAGCGGGAAGAUGAAAUACCGGCGUGCGAAGGCGCCAUCGUAUCUCAGCGAAGAGGAGUCGAGCAGUUCGGUAAUUGCGCCGAGCGGCGGCAUAGACGAGAACAGCAUCGGCCCCACUACCACAAUCAGCAACGUUGCAAAAAUCGGCAACGGCGGUGGUAGCAAGAAUAAUGGCGUGGAUGCCAUUAUGUCAAACCCGCUUCCUCCUCGCGCAAUCGUCACGAUCAAGGCAGGCGACUCGAUCACGACGCUCUUGUCCUCCUCCUCCUCCUCCUCCUCUUCUUCGACGUCGUCGUUGACAGCGACCUCGACGAUGCCGUCGUCGACCGUCGAGCUCGGGGGCUCGUCGACGUUGUCGCUCGCGGAGGCGAAAACGGAAUUGGGCGCGCCAUUGGCGAGCAACCGCGGCGCAGCGAGCACGACAACGAGAACUACGAUAAAGAUGUCGACUACGAGCGGUUCCAAUCUAACUACAUUACCUACCGAGGCCUCGUCCAGAACAAUCGCCUCGAGCCGAGACGCGAGCACUUUUUUACCAUCGAAGAAACCAUCGACGACCAGCUUCAACGAAAUUACCACCACACCCGCCUCGACCUCGUCGAAAGAGAUGCGAGAAUCGACGGGCAAGAUACGCCCCCAGAUCAAAUUGACGAUGAAUUACACGAAUCUCGGCGAGACUGGGGUACGAUUACCGGAGGGUGCGAGCGCAGCUCUUGCAAAACCAACCAAGUAUCACUACUAUCCACACAAUCAGCAUAUCUACUUGUUACCAGAGUGCGCGGUACAGCAGGUUUGCAAUGCCGUUUACGUUAGGCUGAACUUUACUCAGCCUCUGUGCGCUUGCCCAGGAAGAUACCGCGACCCUUGCAGCGCCUCACUCGACAGCGACGAUCUCCACACUACCGAGCUGGUCACCGACCCACGAACCAAGGCCCUAACAUUGGUGAAAACAUGUGAACCAGUGGCGGAAAUGCGCGAAUGCAGAAUACCAAGAGACUGGUCUCUCCUCGCGCUACAAAAUGUACGAACAGGGAAAUCUCAUUAUCUCGUGAUAUGUCGUUGUCCCGACGCCAACAUAUUGGAAGGUCCUAUGAGUCACGAUCAACCAACAUACGCGAGUGUACCGGGAAUUCGUGUUUAUGGGAUGAUGUGCGUGCAAGGAAAUCGAAAGGGACGACCAUUAAGAUAUAAACGCAGCGUUUCAGAUCAUUUCCAUCGAGAAACUGACGAGGACAACGACAGAGAAGAGACGAAGAGCGAACGAUUGAAAUUUCCAUGGUACAAAGUACGGCAACUAAUGGACUCAGUUAUUUGGGAUUAGAUUUAUUAGCUAAACUUCCGAAAAAAAAAAAAAAAAAAAGAUAAAUAAUUACAUUAUGCUUAGCGUCAUUUCACAUUUUUAUUUAUUAAGCAUCUCUCCCUUCGCUUCGCUUUGCUUCGUUUAUUUAUCGAUCCAUCUAUUUUUAAAUGUUUAUUUAUAUAUAUAUAUAUCACGUUAUAUGUUAUAUUGUAUCAAUUGUACGUCAAUACAUAUCCUGAACAUAUUGAAGAUAUAAUGCGACAAGAGUGUCAAAGCUAUUUCUUUGAUAGAUAUUCUUGUAUUUUGUAAUUCGGAUUACACGACGUGAUCGUAUAUAACGAUCGAAUGUGCAACGAACGUUGAAUGUAUAAUCGCUAUUACACCAUGCUACUAUACCCUGAAUUCGUUUGAACAAUGACUACGUUCCUUUGAGGUGAUCAAUCGGUAUAGAAACUUCUUGGCACCGUUCCGAAUGUGCCCACUUUAUCAACCGAAGAUAAAUAUGAAAUAUCGUAAUACCUUUUUUUCCUCAUUGUCUACUCUAAAUCGUUUUAUUAAAUGUCGAUAACAUUUUAAAAAUAGUUUUAAAAUCUACGAUUCUUA